GCGAAGGAAGGAGUCCAGAAUACACACACACACAGCUCAGUGGGCCCAAGCCAGCUGUUCCCAGGAGCAUCUCCUACAGCCUGAGCUGGAUGCUUGGACUUGAUGCGUCUUCAUAUUGAAGCAUCUGGAGUGUCUUAUGCUCCAGGAUUUAUUCUCUAAUCUGUGGCAGUGUAGAAGUGGAGACAGGGGGACAGUCCCAGCCUUGCUCGUAUCAGAAAUCACUGACUUUGGAUUCUUAGCUACAAACUGUUGAGUGUGAACGUUUUACCUGUAGCAUCAUGUCAUGUACCUGCUGUUUUUAGCAUGACUACUGCCAGCAGUUUGGACUGUGUGUGAGAGCCAACCAGAGGUUCCUUGUGUGUGUGUGUGUUGUGACUGAAUGUGAGUGUAUGAGGAUGAGUGUGCCCAUGUUGAAGAUUGGCGCUGUGCUCAGCACCAUGGCUAUGGUCACUAACUGGAUGUCCCAGACUCUGCCGUCACUGGUCGGACUCAACGGAACCAUCAUCUCCUCUGAGGGUACACAUGAGCGCUUCGUCAGUGGUUUGUACCCGGGAGCAGAGGAGGGCUGGCAGGUGUACAGCACGGCUUCAGAUCCUGAUGGCAAGUGCGUGUGCACGGUGGUCGCUCCGGCACGGAACCUCUGCAAACGAGACCCUCGGAGUCGACAGCUACGCCUGUUGACUGAACAGGUUCAGAAUGUGAGUCAGUCGAUGGAGGUGGUAGACCUGCGUACAUCCAGAGACUUGCAGUACGUCCGAGAUUCUGAGCCACUGGUGAGAGGAGUGGACGGACGUUUACACACCUAUGUGGCCAACCCACGCACUCUGACAGCUAAGGGCCUGCAGGAGUUGAAGGGCCAGAUGUCUCAGUUACGGCCCCUUCUGUCAGUGGUGGAGCAGUACAGACUGGACCUGCAGAUGUUGGCCACCCUGCGGCAGGAACUCCUCAACCUGUCAGUCAUCCUGACAGACAUUCAGGAAGAGAUUGGAGCGUAUGACUACGAAGAGCUUCAGCAGAGAGUUUUACUGCUGGAAACCAGACUACACAGCUGCAUGAACAAACUGGGUUGUGGUCGUCUGACUGCAGUUAGCGGCCCGAUCACCGUGAGAGCCUCGGGGUCCCGCUUUGGCUCCUGGAUGACUGAUGCCAUGAUACCCAGCUCUGACAGCAGGGUGUGGUCGAUGGACGGCUACUAUAAAGGCAGGCGUGUGUUGGAGUACAGGACCAUGGGGGAUUUCACCAAGGGCCAAAACUUUGUGCAGCAUCUGUUGCCUCACCCCUGGGCAGGAACUGGCCAUGUGGUCUACAACGGGUCACUCUACUACAAUAAGCACCAGAGCAACAUCCUGGUUCAGUACCAUUUCCGCUCUCGCAGCGUGUUGCUUCAGCGCAGCCUGAGUGGAGCUGGAUACAAUAACACUUUCCCUUACAGCUGGGGUGGAUCCUCUGACAUCGACCUCAUGGCUGAUGAGACAGGACUCUGGGCCGUCUACACAUCCAUCCCAAAUGCUGGAAACAUAAUGGUGAGUCGUCUGGACCCUCGUUCACUGGAAGUGCUCCAGAGCUGGGACACGGGGUUUCCUAAGCGCAGUGCAGGGGAGGCCUUCAUAAUCUGUGGCACCCUGUACGUCACCAAUUCUCACCUGGCUGGGGCCAAGGUCCACUUCGCCUACCACACCAACUCCUCUACAUAUGAAUAUACUGACAUUCCCUUCCACAACCAGUACUCCCACAUCAGCAUGAUGGACUACAACCCCAGAGAAAGAGCGUUGUACACCUGGAACAACGGA